AUUAUUUUUUAAUCAACGUCAAGAGUUUUAAAGCUUUCGGAAAGCGUUCGGUUUUGUGACGUGUCCUUCAGCAAGUUGACAAUAAAGGGGAAUAGAUGACUAGUUACGAAUGCACCGCAGUGGGCGCCGUCAGCUCUCAUUUUUAGCUUACUGACACAUAAGAUAUAAUUACACGUGAUAUUUGCGUAAAUUAUAAGUGGAAUUGACCUAAUAAAAUGUCGCUGGAAAACAAAUACAACCUUAAAAGUCCAGGGGUCAAGCGUUUGAUGCGUGAGGCGCAAGAAUUGGCCAGAGCAACUGAGGAAUACUAUGCUUGUCCCCUUGAUGACAAUUUGUUUGAGUGGCACUUCACUAUUCGAGGGCCACCAUCAACUGAGUUUGAAGGGGGCUACUACCAUGGACGUAUCUUACUGCCAUCUCAAUAUCCAAUGCAACCACCAAAUAUCAUUUUGUUAACACCAAACGGACGUUUCGAGGUGAACAAGAAAAUUUGCCUCUCCAUAUCCGGGCACCAUCCAGAAACGUGGCAGCCCUCUUGGUCAAUCCGCACAGCACUGUUAGCUCUCAUAGCCUUCAUGCCCACGGUGGCGGCCGGCACCAUCGGUUCCCUGGACUAUACGCCGGACGAACGCAGGGUUCUGGCCCUCAGAUCGAAGGCGUGGGAGUGCCCGACUUGCGGUCGAGUCGCCGAGAAGCUGGAGAACGCCGGCGACGUGCCUGCGGAGCUCACCCAGGAGGAGAGCACCAUGAUCAUGCAGAUUGCCCUAAAAGCUGAGGAAGAUGCGAAUAGGAAAACCGAAACUAUAAUAACAGAAAGCAAUGAAUCUGAACUCAGACAGAGGACCACUGAUAAAUCGCCCGAUGCGGAGCAUCCCGAAAAUUCUCAAUCAAAUCCACCAGUAUUAGUUACCAAUAUUGAAGCUUCAAAUCAAAGAAGUACUAGUGAUAAAAUUUGGACAGCCAUCAUAUGGAUCAUAAUAAUUAUUAUAAUUCUACUAAUAAUAAGGCGGAUAUUUUUUAGUUGAAAAUAUUUCUAGAAUUUUUUUGUAUAUAUUUUAUAGGGCGAAUUUUAUAUCAUCCAGAAGGUAUAAAGUUUUGUUUAUGAAUAUAUAAAUAUAUACAUUCAGUGUUUUAUAAUUAUAUAUUGUACAUAUACUAUAAUUGUAAUCAUUUUGGUAUAAAUUAUGUUGUUAGAAAUGUGAUUCUAAAAGACUUAGUGAAACUUUUGUUGGUAAAUAAAUUGAAAUUAUAGUUG